AUGAGCAAUGGUCGCGACAGUUCAGUGACCUUCGUCUUCGAGGUACAAGGGAGGGCGUCGUCUGGCCUCAACAAGUCCACCAUCAACGCACACAUUGCGCGACAGGCACAUCAAAGGCGGCGGGAAAAGCAAUCCGCUCUGCUGGCAGAGGGGCGCAACCGCAGCGGCGACAGCAAUAAUAACAACACCAACAACAACAACACCGAGAAGAGACAGGCACAACAAGCGUCCCCUUAUACCGAAGACUAUGACAGUGGCUAUGAGAGCGGCAGCAUCCCCUCUCCGGUGGUGCUGGCGGGCAACUCUGAUCCCUUCUCGAGCAAGGUCAUCGUCGUCACGCCCGAAGUCAACCGUCUCCUGAUCUUUACGCGGGACUUCAUUCUGCCCGCCUUCCACGCCAACGAGGCCGCGGUCGUCGGCGGCCGAUUACACAUGGAUCGCUUUUGGCGUGACAGUGUACGCGGACUCGACGACGGCGGCGUGGCGGGCUACGCCUACCUCGCGCGGUCGGCGGCGAUUUUGUCUAAGCUCACGCCCCGCGAUCGCUCCCGUAUCAUGGCCCUGCAGUACCUCGGCAAAGCGACCAGCAAUCUGCGGAAAUCCAUCGUGCGCCGUGGUGCUGGAGAAGGAGGCUCGCAGGAAGUCGGCGAUGCCGCGUGGGACGUUUACGCGCUGUUUUGUGCUGAGAUCGCGGCGGGCAAUCUCCCGGCCGCGGCCGUGCAUGGGUCGAUGCUGAGGCGCCUUCUCCAGCCCGUUGGGAGGACCGUGAUUGCCGAGCGACGUCUCUUGAUGGUAGUCUUGCAGCAGGACAUUACGCGAGCGUGCCUCUCCCUGACGAGGCCGUCGUUCGACCUGCAUCGCUGGGCCGAGGAGAACCUUCCCGCACGGAUCACCGACGACCUGAACAAGAACGGGAGCGAGGACCACCACCACCCGUCGGCAUUCCCGUUCUCGUCCGCAAAUCUGUCCCCCUCGUUGUCCCCAGCCCUGCGCUUCAUCUUCCUCGGUAUACGCGAGUGGCUCGACGCCCUGGGCAUCGUCAUGCUCAACCGCGACCUGUUCAACCUGGAACUGCUGAUCAACGGCGCCAUGAAGAUCAUGGUCCUCGAAGGCCACCUGCUCAACCACUACCUGGACACCAUGGACCAAUGGGCUCUAGUGCAGUCCUCCCCCGCGGCGCUGGCCGAGGCCUGCAUGGCCCUCGCGGCGCUGUAUUGGGUGCGCCGCGCCGCGCACGAGAGGAUGGACGCGGGCUCCAAGCUCGAGGAGGCAGGGUCGUGGGCCUUCGACAUGAGCCGCCUCGUCACGACAACACUGCGCGACCUUGACGCGAGGAUUCUGCAGUUGGAAGCAGCAGCAGCAGCAGCAUCCUCGUCCUCGUCCUCUUCCUACUCUGCAGAAACACAACUGCGUUCUAGAGAGGACAGGCUGUGGUGUCUGUACGUGGGGACCAUUGCCGAGUGCAAUGUCCGUGCACAGCAGGGCCAAAGCCAGAGCCAAAGCCAGAGCCAGACAUCCGCGUCGGCCGAGCAAGCCCAUGCCUCUGGUGAUUACCACGGCACGCAGCUCAUCCGGCUCGCGACCACUGACAUGCAUCUGUCCGGCGCGUGGUCCGAGGUCGAGCGCGUCCUCCACCAGUACUUGUACAUUGACAUGAUCAGCCUCAAGGCGAAACGAUGGUUCGCCGCCAAUCAAAUCACAUCAAGGCCGCCAGGCUUGCUUUCUUGA